AUGACCUCUUCUAAAAACUCGAAUAAAACGAUAAAAAGGCGUGGAGUCUUGCGCUUCAUCAAGUUUAUGAAAACAACGCACCCCAACGUGCAACCUUUCCCUCUUGAAGCAAAAUAUCUUGAUGAAUUCGCUAUUUAUAUAAAGGGCAAAGUGAACAAUAAAAACAUAAUAUAUUAUUUAACCAACAUCAAAGCUCAUAAUGAAGCUCUAUCAUACAUAUUAGAUUACAAUGCUUAUGAGGCUACUAAGCAAAAAGUCAAAAAUAAACAAAGCACGAAUGUUAGCACUCAAACAUUAAAUGCUGAUCAAGAAUUGUCUCACCAUAUUCAAGCUGCCGUUCAAACUGCUGUCCAAGAUUUGGAUUCUCGUUUUCAAGCUGUUGUUCAAACAGCUGUCCAAACGGCUGUUCAAACGGCUGUUCAAACGGCUGUUCAAACUGCC